AGUAAAAUGUAUCGGAUGAGAAGGGCCUUCACGUGGAGCGAGCGGUAAACAACAUUGCAGACGAGCGACAAAACUCAUUAAGAAUUAGGAAUAAGAAAUUAGUCCUGUUAAUUAGAUAACAGCAAGGAAGAAAAAUACACGAAAGAUGACUCGUCACGUCAAAGGAAAGAAACACCGUGGAGUUAAAAACCCAUAUGAACAACAAAAACUCCGGGAUGAGAAGGACAAGGUCAAUCGUGCCCCAAAGAAUGUCGACACACAGGAGAUUCCGAAGAAACUUCAGCUGAUUUCCAAAUACAUGAAUAAAGUUAAUUCUCCAUCAGCUACAAAGAAAACUAAGAAGAAGGUGCUCUCCCCUGCUGCUCUGAGAAAAGAAAAGAAAAGGAGAAAGGAAAGCAAGCACUUAAUUGAUGGAAGAAGGUUGGAUCCAGUAGAAGAAGAGCAACCAGGCAUGACCCGGCCUGUGCAGCGACUUCCUCUCCUCAAACAGGGAAGGCGAGAGAAAGACGAGAAGUUCUUAGCCAGAGUGCAUGAAACUAUACAG